AUGCUCAGCACUCGUACAAAACAGGUAUAUGCCUACGGACGACGAGCGCAUCGCAUCGUUAACGCAUCGGACGAGCGGGAACAAGUGAAAAAGAGCGACACUGCGAAGAACGGCCCCGAGCAGGUUUCGUCUGUCUCACCUUCCCGCCCAGUCAAUCGCAGAAAGAAACAUGCUUUCUCCGCUCUCUCGGACUCACCAGGGAUCUCCAGGAAGCUUGCCUCGCCCUUUGGGAAGAGAUUGCGCAAGUCACCUAAAGUGGCCAAAGUCGCAGGUGUAGCAGUGAGCAUGCCCGCCCGCCAUCCUCUGAGUGCGGUUUCUGUCAACGUUCCGGGCUCACCUGCGGCAGCUCCUCCUGCGCGCAAGAAAAAGAAACAGACUGUCGGGAAAAGCACACCACUGAAACCUUCUUCUCCAUUCAUCGACGUGGACAUUGUCGUGUUGGACGCACGAGGCCAUCGCUUAAGCCAGGAGAGGCGAGUCUCUAGAUCAGACAUCCAAGUCAACAAGGUGACUGAGGCGACACGCAAAAUAGUAGAGAAUAGCAGAUCUGCGCGACCUCCCAGCGUAUUAACCAUAUCUCCUGAUACCGACGACAAAUCGUUGCUCCCUAAGCCUUCAAAACUAGGCCGGAGUAGAGCGCGUCCCAUAGUCAUAUCUUCUGACGAGUCUGACUCUGAUCAAGCAGAUACCACACCAGUUGGCAAGCUACGCAGUCUUGACGCGUCCCUCAAAGAGCGCCCAGAACGUCCCACUCGGUCACAACAAGCAGGAUCCAAAUGUCAGCCUAUCGCCCUCAUACCGUCUGACUCGCCUCAACCUAUACCCAAGCCACCACGCUCUCGGGAACCGGCCGCUCCGAUCCCAAGAAUUCGAGAAAAUACCCAGCUGCCCCCACCAGCGCCCACUUUUAUCCCGUGGACCUCAGAGCUCGAUUAUGCACACCUACGAAAGCCGAUAGCACCGUACCCAGUCGCAGAUCAUUCAAAACGCCGACAGCUCACCCCGAUCAGACGUCGUCCUGGACGUGUUCCCGGAUUUCCUGCGCCGCCAUCCCCACCUUCACCUACGACCCCAACCGAUUUUGAUCUCUCUAUCGACUUUUCAAAGCUCGCCAUCUCGCCCGCUACUCUUGAAGCUGUUGAUGACUUUGAUACGUACGCAUCCCCUCCACCCCCUCAUUUGCGGCCACUCCUCGAGGAAUGCUCUCAAACCACACCACAUGAAUUUUCCGCCUUCAUCGAAAUGUUUCCGUUUGAUGCGAUCGUACGUGCUGAAGAUGACGCUGAGCUGGCGCGCUUUGAGAAAAUUGGCGAGGCGUCAUAUUCGGAGGUAUUUGGUAUAGGGAAUGUAGUUUUGAAGAUAAUCCCCCUGCGGAAUGAGACAAAGAAUAGCGCUGAGAACGAUAUGGACUCCCCCGCGCCUAGCGAUGCAAAAGAUGUCUUGAAGGAGAUCAUCGUGACUCGCGCUGCAGGUGAAAUGUGUGUAGGCUUCAUUCAGCUCCUCCGAACGUACAUCGUGCGCGGAAGGUAUCCGUCAUUAUUACUUGAUUUGUGGGACGAAUACAACAAGAAGAAAGGUAGUGAGAGCAUCAGGCCGGAUACCUUCAACGUAUCACAGGUAUAUGCGAUCAUCGUCUUACCCAACGGCGGCCCCGACCUAGAGGCAUAUACUUUCCAGAACGCUUCGAAGACUGGCUGGCGGCAAGCCUGCAGUUUGUUUUGGCAAGUAACGCGUACGCUAGCUGAAGCGGAAGAUCUCGUUUGCUUUGAACACCGUGAUCUGCACUGGGGACAGAUUCUUGUGAAAAAUCUACCUAUUGCUACACAACCGGCACGCCGGCCCUCUUCCAAAAAAUUACCAAUGGACCAUAUAAUACAUGGUGUCGAAGCCACCAUCAUUGAUCUGGGCCUUGCUCGCAUGGAUACUGGAGACGGGAAUGGCCUCACGACCUACUGGACCCCAUUUGACGAUGAAAUUUUCGAGGGCGAAGGGGAUUAUCAGUUCGACAUUUAUCGGCUAAUGAAGACUCAUAACAACAACUCAUGGGAGGGCUACUGCCCGCUAACAAACGUCAUGUGGUUGCACUAUCUUUCCCUGAAAUUCCUGCAUUCCAAACGUCUGCGACCACCGGCUGCCUCGCGGAAGAGCGUCGCAGCGUCAAAUCCCUCCACAUUCACCGAGCGAGAAUGCUACGAAUGUCUCCGUGAGGUCGAGGCGAUCCUGGGCCAGCGUGUGGCUGCUUGCAAGCCUCCUGUUGAGCGUAAGGGUAGAAGAAAGACGCAAGCUUCCGCGAAAGCAACCCUGUCUUUAGGACCGAAGAAUGCAGGAGAUGUUCUACGGAUGGCUGUGGACAGGCAAUGGGUUAGAUGA